CGAUCGUACGUGCCUCUGCCACAGCUCAGCAGAAGAAACCACAGUCAGAGAGAGCCAGUGAUCGGCGAACAUCCGUGUUGCAGGUAGUCGGUGGAGAGAAGACAGUCUGCGGCAGAAACACAGCGGGGCUCCGGCUUCUCUCUGCUCCUGCAAACAGCAGCUCCUGAACCGACCCGGGGAUUGUUUUUUUCCGGUUUCAUUCCGUCUUUUUCUGAGUCCUCUACCUCUUCCUCCUCGGACACCAAGGGAUGGGGGAAUGAUCAGCACCGACUCCCCCUCGCCUCCUCCUCCUCUUCCUCAUCCUGCUUCCUCGGUCGGUGUCCGUCUCUGUGCCCAGGAUGAGGGCCCCGCUGCUCGGCCAGGCUGCGUUGUUUGCGGCCCUGUGGGCGCUGAGCACCUGCCUGACAGGCUCUCACCUGUGUCCUCGAAGUCUGGACUGUGCCCGAGCAGGACGACACUUCUGUCAGCUGGGCAGCUCGCACUGCGGACCCUGCCUCCAUCCUCUGGUGGAGAACUCCCAUGGGCGCUGUGUGGUGAAGAGGAGGCUCGUCGCUCACUCUGUUAAAGCUGUCAAAGGGAAGGUGACUACUUACCCUGAGCUGGACCAGGAGAUCGACUUCCUCUCUGCCAUCAUCAGUGAGCAGCGAACUGAGUCCAGGCUGUCAGCUCCACCCGUCCAGGAUGUUCCGAAACUGGAAUCCGACCAGCCCAGUGAAAGUGAUCCUGCCAGAAACGGAUCCACCACACAGCUGCCUACGAGUCCGAGCGCCGCGUUCACCAGCGUGCCCACUGCACCCACAACAAACCACACCCCCGCUCUGCUCAGAGACCCCAUCAUCGUCCCUUACCCCCCCAACGACCAUGUCUUCAUCAUCAUGAGCAGCGUCUUCAUCGUGGCCGGUUCCAUGGCUCUGCUCAUCGCGGGGGCUUGUUGGGUCAGAUUGCAGAAAAGUGUGCGUCUCACUCAGAAGGUGGAGUACCCGGUGUACGGACUGAUGAGACCUCAAACCUUUGACAACAUGCCCGGGGACAAGAAGCUGGCCCACAGUGCUCAGAUGUACCACUACCAGCACCAGAAGCAGCAGAUGCUCUCCCUCGAGAAACAACGAGACGAGCCAAAAGUUCCUGACUCAGGAGCAUCCACAGACGAGGAGAACGAUGAAGGAGACUUCACGGUGUAUGAGUGUCCUGGUCUGGCACCAACGGGGGAGAUGGAAGUGAAGAACCCACUGUUUGACGACUCCACCCUUUACUUUCAGAGGUUCUCCAAAUAAAACCCGGACACUCAGAUGUUUCUUACUCUGAAUGCAGGACUUGUGUGUAAACCAAAUGUACACACACUGUACACAUAUAAUCCUGUGCUCGUUGUCCAGCCCGUAUAACGGACACGAUGAAGAGUGUGAGGUCCCUGUGAGCAGGAGGAAGGACGUUUAAAGAAAGUCUCACGGCUGCUUGAAGCACGACUGAAUCUGGGACCAAUGUCUCCCCUUCUACAGCCACAUCCUCUGCUUUUUACUCCUUUUUUUUUUACUUUCUUUCUUCAUCCCUCUUUUUUCGUUCACACUCUGUCAGGAACCAGACUCACAGUUUGAAUAUUCUGAGUAUAGCAGUAUUUAUCAGUUCACUCACAGAUGAUCGUGAAAAUCCACUUUUAUCAAUCAGUAAAUCCUUUCUUCAUUUGCUGCAGGCUUUGAUUUUAUUGAAGUAUUUUUUAACAGAAAUGUGAUUUUUUUUUUAAAACAUCACGACCUCCGUGCAGCACCGUGAUCUCUAUCAGUAUGUUAUGUAGCCAUCGUGUUCUCAGUCUAUCUGUCCUCUAUGCAUGAAUUGAUGAUGCUGUGUUAUGAAGCCUGAGAGUCAAUAUGCAUUUAUGUACAAGUUUCUUGUGCAAACUUGCUAUGAUUAUAUAUAAAGAUAUAUGAGUUGAAUGAUUUCAAAGGAAUUUGAAACCUCUUUACGUGGAACUCUGAACCAGAGCGACUCCCUCCUGUAUAUAUACAUUAUCUGACUAACAUGGCUUGUCCCCAUGGUUACGCAAACUGUAAAUAGCUGCUGACGUGUUGUACAGGAGCAGAUGUUACCUCUCACUCAGUGUGUUUGUGAGUGCUGUGUCCAAUAUUCAAAUGUUUGUUUCCUUAUGGUAAAUGAUAUAUUUGCAGGGUUCCUACACUUGUGGAAAUGACACGAGACGUUUCCCAAAGUAACGCUGUCCAGGUUAAAAACAUAUUUGAUCUGUUAUAUUUGUGAUUGUGCAGAAUAGUUUUCAAUGAACGAGUUUUGUAAAUGAAAGGGAAAGCAGAGAGUAUCCCAGCGACUUCUGAAGUCUCAUUACAAUGGUACAGCAAGUGUUUCAAUCCCCUGAAGUCCUCAAAAUGUAAUAUCUGUAAAUGCAGGUAUAAAAUGUAUCACAGGACAAAAACUCAACAUGAUGAUAGAAAAUAUCUAAGAUAUAAGGAGCAUAAGGAACUUAAAGGUCCAGUACCAUACAAAAUACACUUUACCAUGUUUUUCACCAAUAUGUGUCUCUAGUCUGUCUACAAACCCUCCAAUUAUGAGAAAAGUCCAUCCUCUCCAUCUUUUGCCUGCUGCACUUUUCAGAAAGUGUGUGCUCAAACAGGUCGUAUGGAGAUUUUCCCUUUGUGACAUCACAAAGGGCAGUAACCCCUCCCACAGCUAAGUGUUUGUUCUGCCUCAUGAGUCUGCCUUCUCACCGUAAACAAUUGGGCAUGGUUCAAGAAAGCCCAAGCCACAUCGGCUUCCAAAAAGGGGCGUGGUCAGACACAGCUCAUUUGCAUUUAAAGGUACAGACACAGAAACAGCCUGUUCUGAGCAGGGCUGAAAUAGAGGGAUUUAUAGACAUGAUCAAAUACAGGAUCAGUGUUUUUUUUUCACAAGAAACUUCACAGACAUGUUUUGGGGACCUCUGACUGAGACUUUUUUUUAAACUUGUUGAAAAGGAGGAUAAUAUAUGACCUUUAACCUUUAAUCUUGUCAAUGGAUGUUCUCUGCUUUCCCUUUACUGAAGCUGCUGAUCUCACCUGGGCUGAAUACUGUACACACACCUGGAGGUACACACCCUCUCUCUGUCAAGGUGCCCCGUAGCAUAGAUCACAUGUUGUAUUAAUGACACACAGAGGAUGAUUCUUCCCCUGGUGGAUGUUUGUAACAGGAACCCUGGAUGUAACCGUGGCCUCUCGCUGUCGUCUCUCAGGAAAGCCGCUCCGUGUGGCUCCUCUCUCCAGCUCGAUCCCUUUCUCUCUCUGCCUCUCAGCUCGCCCACGAGCACGACGAACUGUACUUGACCUGCACACACCACACACACAGACGCACACACAGCCUCGAGUGUCUACAUGUAAAAAAAAAGAAAGUAUUAACACUGGAGAUGUUUAACUGUGUUGUAAAGACUGUUUUAUUCUAAACUGCUGAUGCUCAAAGAACAAAACGAAGGGCGGAGGUGGGUUUACAGGAAAGACUAUUCUCAUAAUGUUGUUUGCCUUUUUUUUUUACAUAUCUCUGCUUUCUCUUCACUUAAGCUGAACACACACCAAGCAGGUUGGCUUGUUGAAAGAACUCUACCUAGACUAUGUCCUCUCUUUAUACCGACUGUUUUCAGACUACACCAUGUAUACAUUAGAGAGAUCUUCUUUACCGCCCUGUUUAGCAUGCAUGAGGAUAUACCAGAGCCGAAACAAAGGAAAUAAAUAUUUAUACAAUCUCAAGUGAAA